GUUAGUGUCACGAGUGCCACACACGUAGGUGGGCAAUGUCAGAAAAAAAUUAACUGUACAAUUUUUUGAAAAACAAAGUUGAUAGUUAAGAUUACUUAUCCCGCGUCCGAAGUAACCCCAUUGCACCUUACACUUAUUUACUUAUUUAAAAUUUGUGUUGUGCAUUGACUUAAUGUGUAUUAUCAAUAAAUUUUUAGUGAAAGUGGACAGUAAUUCAAAUUGGAGAAUGGUCUCGUAUGGCUUAAACCUCUUGGUCUGCUUCACUUUAUUCGGCACCUUGGCUGAUGGACAGUUAAAACUUCCACCUUACCCCCCAGACGUCAACUACACACCAACCUUCCCCCAACUAGUUGCCAACAAUGGAUACAAAGCGGAAACACACACGGUUACAACUGAGGAUGGAUACAUUCUAACGCUAUUCAGAAUUCCACGGGGAAGGAAAUGUCGUGGUCCCAUAAGACAACCCCCGGUGCUGAUCAUGCACGGAUUUUUAGAAAGCGCUGACUGCUUUAUAGAUGGUGACCCAAACGCUGUUCUUGGAUACCUGAUUCCUGACGAAUGCUACGAUACGUGGUUCGGCAGUUAUCGAGGAACAUUUUACUCUAGAGCUCAUGUAAAAUUGAACCCGGAUACAGAUAGAAAAUUCUGGCAGUUUUCCACAGAUGAAAUGGGAAUGUAUGACGUCCCAGCGUUUAUAGAUUAUGUCUUAUAUAAAACUGGGUCGGAACAGCUAAAUUACAUGGGAUUUUCUCAAGGAGGAGGAACGUUUUUCAUCAUGUGCUCUGAAAGACCUGGCUAUUGCAAUAAAGCAAAGCUCUUUAUAGGAUUAGCGCCUGCCACUAGACACUUAAACACAAGAUCUUUACCAUUCAGACUUAUAACGCAAGCUAUCAAUGGAAUUUUAGAACAUCUAGAAGAGGCUGGCAUUUACGAGAUGCUAACAAAAGGUUACCCUAUCCAAAGAAUCUUAAACUUCCUUUGUCAGAACGACAUAUUUGCUGGUAUAAUUUGUGGAAUUUUAGACGCCAUUCUAGAUGGUCCCAAUCCAGGCUCAAUAACUGCUAAUACUUUAAGAAUAGUAUACGAGCACACACCGGCAGGUAUUUCAACUAAAUUAGCAGCAAGAUAUGGACAAGCAAUGACGGAGACGGAAUUUUUGAUGUUCGACUAUGGGCCCAUAGCGAAUACACAACUUUAUGGGAGGACUACCCCUCCAGCAUACAAUCUCUCAGCAGUAACUUGUCCUGUCGUAGUGAUUCAGGGUCGUAAUGAUGGGAUUGUAGACAUGAGGGACUCUCUAUGGGCAGCAAAACAGAUGCCUAAUCUUCUCGAGUAUCAUAACGUUACUGAUCCUCUUUGGACACACUUUGAUAAUAUCAGAAGCCAGUAUAUACCUAAAUAUACGUUUCCGACUGUGAGAAAGUAUUUAAAAGAGUAUAGUUCAGCUGGUGUUGGUAGUUCAGAUGAUGAGUCUUCCCGUAUUCCCACUGGGGACUUUCACUGGCUGAAGUAGUCAGCAAAUUCUAAGAAAGCCAAAGCAGACUCCGGGCUCCCUUAGAGUGCAACCGAGAAAAUGCUGUAAUGAGAAGUAUUAUCACUAGACUUAUAUCGACCGGGAUAUGGACCGUGAUUACCUUUUGUUUCUCGGUCGAUAUAAGUCUAGUGAAACUAACCGUGAAUCAUUCAAAUUGAGAAGUAGUAUCUACUAAUUCAAGCCAUGAUAUAAACGCAUUUUUAAGCCAUAUCGUUAACCCCACCGCUGUCAAUGAUAGUCAAAUUACCAGUAUUACCAGUGUAUAACCUGCAUUUAAAUUUUAAAUUCGAAUAAUAUGCGAACGAAUUUUAGUUUCCUGAGUGGAGCACGGUACCAUGUGGCCGAAGGCCGUCUGGACGCCCUAGGUAUCGCUGGAGAGACGAUGUGCAGAAAGACCUUAGCAAACUCGGCGCCAUCGACUGGACAGAAACGGCUUUGGCCAGAGUACCAUUGGCGGUCUUUGGUGUCGGAGGCCAAGAUCGACUUCGGGUCGUUGCGCCACAGCAGUAAGUAAGUAAGUGGAGCACAGUGCAUAUGCUAUUAAGGCGUAUUUUACCAAAGAAUUUUCACAUAGGAAUAUGGGGAAAAGGUUAAAGAAUUGAAAGAGGAGAGAUUUAGAGUCUACAGUAAAUUUAGAAAAUGUGUUUUUGAAAAAUAGAAUACUUAAAGCUUUCAUGUAUUUUUCAAAAAUUAAAUUGUUACUUAUGGUUUA